AUGUCGCCUCUUGCUCUCUACAACUCGAGUAGACUAUUUCCUCUAGGCACAGUAUUCGGACCGUGUUAUGUACGGCAGGAGAUCAUGAUUUUUGCUCACUGUCAACCUCAUCGAUGCUUCUUUGAUUCUAGCUUCCUUUACUUCAGGCCACUUUCCAGCAGUCCUUGUUCCAAAGCUUCGAUAAGUUCUUUAUCAAGAGCAUCUUCUCUGAAGCUGACUCUCCCCGUCCACCAUUCCAGCAGACUCUCUGCUCUUGAUCCUUCCCAAGCUUGUAAAAGUCCGACGCUGACAUCAAUCAGCUCGGGCCUUUCUUUACAAUGCCAGAACACAGUCGCACCGCAUACACCACAAAACUCGCGGAAGCAAUCCUUGGAGCUCUCGAUCUGCUUCAGGGAGCCCAUAUCAUAA